AAUCUGGUAUGUUUUGACCGGCCCGGCCACGGAUGCUGCGUCGCUGUCUGCUGUGUUUACAAAAAUUACGACUCGAUCUAGAUUAUAAAUUAUAAAUCUAGACAUCUAUAUCUAGUCUUGAGGCCUGAGAAAAAUCACCAAGGAUCGCAAGGCACCUAUUUUUAAUUGUGUGAGUUGUGUUGUUGGAACUCUCCAGCUGAUGAGAACCAAUGACAAUGAGACUUACAGCAAAUCUGACCUCCUUCCUGUUCCUAAUGCUGCUGUAUCCCAGUGCUUCGACCUUGAAUCACCGCACUGUGUUCGUAGUUUUUGGAGGUAACGGAGACCUAGCAGCCAAGUACCUGUGGCAGGGAAUCUUUAACGUAUACCAAGCUCAGACGGAAGAACUGACCGAGGAAAGGAUUCGAGUUGAAGGCAGUCAGGGCGUCAACCGCACCUUUGAUUUUUUCUCCGUUGGACGAACGAAUCAAGAAAAAGGAACUGUUCUGCUCAAUGAAAUACUCAAGUCAAAUGUCAGAUGCAAUGAGGAUGGAGAAGAACCCUUGGCAGUCCACGUGUGCGAGAAAAAGAGAAAAGAAAUGCUGGAGAAAGUGAGCUAUAUAUCUGCUCUCACAGACGAAGAUUUCACAUUUCUGUGCUCGGAGAUUACGUCAAAGUUUUCUUCUGAGAAGGGUGGGAAAGUGAUCAAGGAAGUUAUGCUGUAUAUGGCCAUUGCUCCUUCAUCGUACGAGUCCGUUUUACAAAAGUUCUACAACACGUGUAAGAGUAAAGGGGAACAAGAUAUACAGUGGAAACUUGCCCUUGAGAAACCUUUUGGGCUCAACAGGGAAUCAGUGGAGUUGGUGUCUGAGAAAAUGCUGAAUUUCUUCCAAGAGGAGGAAAUCUACAGAGUUGAUCACUAUUUGGGAAAGCCAGUGGUUCAGUCUAUUUUGCCGUUUCGAGAGCGACUGGACGUGUACAACAGCCUGGGCGUGCUGCGAGACGUCCAUCAGAACCACCUGACAGAGCUGCUCACCCUCGUUGCGAUGGACGUGCCGGCCGACCUGCGGAACACGAAGCUGGUGAACGAGAACAAAGAGAGGCUGCUGCGACAGGUGGAGUCUGUUCGCCGGCACAACUCUCUGUUUGGCCAGUAUUCCGAGUACAAGGAUCAGCUGAAAUCUCUGCCGUCAAACGCCUCUGUAGGAGAUAAUGUCCCAACGUUCGCAGCGGCUGUGGUGAAGAUCAACUCCCCGAGGUGGAAGUCUGUCCCGUUCUUGUUGGUCUCUGGGAAGAAACUUGAUCAAAGAGAAACCUACGUCAGAAUUGUGUUCAAAAAUAAUUUUGUGUGUGUUUCGCAUUGUCUAGACGACAGCUUGGAUGAUGAAGGAAAGCACACCAAACAAAUAAUCUUUCACAUUGGUCAUGGGAGCAUGAAGAGGCCCUCUAUUUUGGUGGCUAAAUCAUUUGGUGACCCUCUGUGGCCGGAAAAUGUCCAAGAGUCGAUCGACCCAACGUUGUUUUCAUCCUCUGUAGCUUAUGGUGAAAGGUUUGACCACUUUUACGUAGGCUCUGUCGGGAGAAACACUCUGGCUUACGAGUCUGUUUUGGGCAACAUCCUCGCUGAAAAAAGAGAGUUCUUUGUGAACUCUAGACAUCUAUCUUUAUCUUGGCGUAUUUGGGACUAUUUAGUAGGUGUCGAAAAAUCGAUUCGUAUUUACGAAAGCUUUGAUCCGCAUGAGCAGCUCAAUUUCAUCAUGAAAGAGAGUCAGCUGGAGUUUUCUCACUCGCCUGACGACAUCCUGGCGUCGGAGCAGGACAAGACUCUGCUGUCUCACAGCGACCGCUCGCACCACGACUACACGCAGAGUUCGGCAACGUUCCUGGGGCGGAGGCUAGUCACAAGCAGAACGGACACUCUCGCCUUCUUACUAGCUCAAGAAAUUGACCGAGCUGCCGAAGUGGAGAUACAGACCAAAGGGUCUUUCCACAUCGCAUUCCCCGGCGGUCAGUCGGUGGUCAAGUUGUUCCAAGUGCUGGCUCAGUCGUUGGCCAACCUCCACUGGCAGUCCAUCCACGUGUGGCAGCUGGAUGAGCGCUGUGUGCCGCACCAAGACGAGCGCUCCAACUUUCAGGUUCUGGACAGAGAGCUUCUCCGCUUUGUGGACAUCCCCUACGCCAACAUCCACAGCAUGCCCGUGGUGGCGGGCGGGCGGCUGUGCGACCAGGAGCUAGGGGGCGCUCACGCCUACGCUGAUGCUCUGCGACACGCGGUGCCCAACUCUCAGCUAGACUUUAUCGUGCUGGGCGCAGGCGCGGACGGCCAUGUUGCCUCGCUGUUCCCUGCCAGCAGCGUUCUCCACGUGGACAGCUCCACACUGGUGGUCACGCACGACGAGGGCCCGGACUUUGCCCGACGACGGAUGACCCUCACACUCCCCGCCAUAAACAGAGCCAAGCACGUGGCCAUACUGGCCACAGGGAAACACAAACAGGAAGUGAUCAGCAAGCUGGAGGGGUCAAAGAGCGUGGAUGAGUUCCCUGUGCUCGGGGUGCACCCGGUCAACGGCACGCUGUCCUGGUACAUGGACUAUGACGCUUAUUUCCCGGGACAGUAACACGUUGUUUGCCACGACUUAGAAUAGGGAGGGAGACGAGUGU